ACAGGAUCCAAUUUGGCACCUCCUUCAUCUGAUACCCAAUCGUACUGCAGUUUACCAUUGGGGAAUGCUGCUUUGAAAAGAUAUACUGUGUAAAUGCAAGCCAGUUAUACAGUACUCCAGAUAGUGUGUGAAAAAUCACUUACUUACUCCAGCUGUAUCCGGAGAGACAUGCAGUACAUAAAGGAAAAUCAAGAAAAACGGUUGCCGACCUUGUUCUUACUGCUGGUGGCUGCUUUAACAGGUGCAGAUGACCCUUUGUGUAAACUAUAUGGGAAGCCUGAAUAUCCCCAGUUGUCGAAGGAAGGCGAUAUCAUCAUCGGGGGGAUUUUACCCUUCCAUAGCAGCUGGAAGGACAGGGAGCUCUCCUACACACACGCACCUCAACCUCUCCUGUGCACCAAUUUAAAUCUGAGAGCAUUCCAGUUUGCACAGGCGAUGAUCUUUGCCAUUGAGGAGAUCAACAACAGUACAGACUUGCUACCUGGCAUAUCUCUUGGCUACAAGAUCUAUGACUCCUGUGGCUCCUCUGCAACUGCAGUGAUGGCAGGACUUGCACUGACAAAUGGCUAUCAGGAUUCAGCCUCAGCUGCUCCCUGCUCCAAAACAGCUGGAGUUCAGGCAAUUAUUGGAGAAACUUCCUCUUCACCCACGGUCGCCAUAUCUACAUCCAUUGGACCUUUUCACAUUCCCUUGAUCAGUCACUUUGCUACCUGUGCAUGUCUCAGCGACAAAAUCAAACACCCAUCAUUUCUCAGAACCAUUCCCAGUGAUUAUUACCAGAGCAGAGCUCUGGCUCAGCUGGUGAAGCACUUUGGCUGGACCUGGGUCGGAGCUUUAUGCAGUGACAAUGACUAUGGAAUAAAUGGCAUGGCUGCCUUUCUUAAAGCUGCCAAACAACAUGGGGUCUGUAUUGAGUAUUCAGAGCCUAUUUUCAGAACCUUUUCAAAAGAGAAAUUUUUGAGAGUUGUAAAGAUUAUAAAACAGUCCAGCUCUAAGGUGAUUGUGGCAUUCCUCUCUCACUUGGACAUGGACGUACUACUCCAUGAACUAGCCCUCCACAAUGUCACAGGCUACCAGUGGAUUGGGAGCGAAUCCUGGAUCUCUGAUUCCUACAUUGCUAAAGUGGAGGGUCACCAUGUCCUCAGUGGAGCAAUAGGCUUUUCAAUUCCAAAAGCAAAGGUUACAGGCUUGCAGGAUUUCCUCUUGAAUGUUCUACCACUGAAUUCAUCUGGCAGUGUUAUUUUCACAAAGUUCUGGGAAACCCUGUUUGGGUGCAAAUUUCCCAGCGGGAGCACUUCAGAAAAUGCCAAAGAGUGCACAGGUACAGAAGAUUUGAGUGAAAUAGAUAAUACAUACACUGAUUUAUCUCUGAUGCAAAUUUUUAAUAAUGUCUACAAGGGAGUGUAUGCGGUGGCCCAUGCAUUUCAAGAGAUUUUCACUUGCAACAAUGAUGCUCAUCUGUCAAACAGACAGACUUGUUUUAAAAAAGUGCUACCCGAACCAUGGAAGCUUCUACAGCAUUUGAAAAAAGUGCAUUUCAAAACAAAGGAGGGUGAAGAGGUUUAUUUUGAUGAGAAUGGAGAUCCAGCUGCAAAAUAUGAGUUGGUUAACUGGCAGCAGAACAGCAAAGGCGAGAUUGAGUUUGCCACAGUUGGAUUUUAUGAUACAUCUUUUCCUGUGGAAGAACGCUUAACCCUGAGUAAUGUAUCAAUUAUGUGGGCACAGAAUACACAACAGGUGCCUGUGUCAGUGUGCAGUGAGAGCUGUCCCCCAGGCACCUGGAAGGCUGUGCAGAGAGGAAGACCUGUCUGCUGCUAUGACUGUGUCCCCUGCGCUGAAGGAGAAAUCAGCAAUACUACAGAUUCUAUCACGUGUGUGCCGUGUCAUCCUGAAAACUGGUCGAAUAAAAGGAGAAAUGAAUGCAUCCUGAAGGAAACAGAAUAUUUAUCCUAUCAGGAAAUUAUGGGAAUAUUGCUUGCAGCACUCUCUUUACUUGGGACAUGCACAACCAGUAUUGUGGUGAUCAUUUUCUUCAGAUACAGACACACCCCCAUUGUAAAAGCCAACAACUCAGAGCUGAGUUUCCUGCUGCUCUUUUCAUUGAAACUGUGUUUCCUUUGCUCUCUUACCUUCAUCGGCCGGCCCUCUGAGUGGUCCUGUAUGCUGCGCCACACUGCGUUUGGGAUCACCUUUGUCCUCUGCAUCUCUUGUGUUCUGGGAAAAACAAUAGUGGUGUUAAUGGCCUUCAGGGCUACACUUCCAGGCAGUAAUGUCAUGAAGUGGUUUGGGCCUCUGCAGCAGAGACUGAGUGUUCUUGCGUUCACUCUCAUACAGGUCCUUAUUUGUGUGCUUUGGUUAACAAUAUCCCCUCCAUUCCCCAACAAGAACAUGAAGCACUACAAAGAAAAGAUCAUUCUAGAAUGUGAUGUAGGAUCAGCAGUGGGGUUCUGGGCUGUGCUGGGUUAUAUUGGGCUCCUCUCUCUACUGUGCUUUGCUUUAGCUUUUCUGGCUCGUAAGCUUCCUGACAACUUCAAUGAAGCCAAAUUCAUCACAUUCAGCAUGCUCAUAUUCUGUGCAGUCUGGAUCACUUUUUUACCAGCUUAUGUCAGCUCACCUGGAAAGUUUACUGUAGCUGUGGAAAUAUUUGCCAUUCUAGCCUCAAGUUUUGGUUUGCUCUUCUGUAUCUUCUUGCCAAAAUGCUACAUUAUUUUACUAAAACCAGAGAAAAACACCAAAAAGAACUUGAUGGGCAAAAUGGCAUCAAAAUCUCUCUAAAUAGUAAUACUCUCCAUAUGUACAUAGUUGGGCAUAAAUAUUCAGUGUAUUCAUAUGCGCAACGCUGAGCUUGACUUCAACCAAAUGUGUCUUCCUAUGUAUUAAUGGAUUCAUUCAAUACACAUGACUGUUAGAUUAGAAAUAAGUAUGUAAAUAAAAAAAUAAUGAAUAGAAAAGGUUUUGCACAAAACAGUUGCCAAUUAGGAAAGAAAAAAGCACUUUUACCUCUUCCUAAGCCAUAUCUCACUACAAUGAGGAAAA